AUGAGACUCAUCAACGCGAAAACAUACCAGUUGGAAGAAUACCUCGACAGUGAAAUCCCCGAAUACGCAAUCCUAUCACAUACAUGGGGAAAGGAUGAGAUUUCUUUUCAGGAUCUUCAGGCACUAUCAACAGGCUCCAGGUACUGGGAUCGUGUUGUAGGAAGGGAGGGAUUCCUCAAGAUCAAGUAUGUCUGUCAGCAAGCUAUCAGGGACGGCCUGGACUACGCUUGGGUCGAUACAUGUUGCAUCAACAAAAGCAGCAGUGCGGAAAUAUCUGAAGCGAUCAACUCCAUGUUCCAAUGGUACAAGCGAUCAAGAAAGUGCUACGUUUACUUGUCUGACAUUCCUAGCGGCUACGGGGAGGUUCCGCUCGAUGAGCAAGCCGGAAGUUCCGUCGAGCCCGCCAGAAGGCGCAGGCCUAGUAAAUAUGAUGGUACGAUCAAUGGCCCCUUUGCAAGAUGUCGCUGGUUCACUCGAGGAUGGACAUUGCAGGAGUUGAUCGCGCCUAAAGACUUGACCUUUUACGGGUCCGGCUGGAACGUUCUUGGUACAAAAGCAUCAAUGACAGCCCUCAUCUCUACGAUCACUGGCAUAGACCAGCGUGUUCUUAGAGACUCGACAGACACCAAAGAGUCACUGAGAUCAGUGUGUGUCGCACAGAAGAUGUCAUGGGCAGCUAGGAGGCAAACUUCGAAGAUAGAGGAUGAAGCGUAUUGUCUCCUCGGUCUGUUCGAUGUUCAUAUGCCUAUUCUCUAUGGCGAAGGCAAAGCUUCAUUUGUCAGACUUCAGGAGGAGAUCAUCAAGAGUUCCGAUGAUCACACGAUCUUCGCGUGGAACUAUUGUGACAUUGAGCAAGAGAGCCGGUAUACAGUCCUUGCUCCGUCCUCAACCUGCUUUCUCAAAAACGUCGUCCAGUGGACUUGUCCGCGUAACAGUGGGCCAUACACAAUGACAAACCGAGGCCUCCACAUCCAGCUCCCCGUCAUAUAUCGAUCCGGGUCUAAGGAUAGCUGCCUCGCGCUCCUGGAUUGCCACUAUGAGGAUGAUGUCACAGGCGCCUUGGCCCUUCCUCUUACGCCCCGCUCAGACAACACAUUUGAUAUCGAUUAUGAUAUCUCGCGCGGGCGGGUAGUGAGAGUUGACUUAGGGCUAGAAACGAGAGCCACGACUCGAGAUCUCUAUAUCCGAUCACAACCAAACGUCCCCGACCGAGGACCACAACUGACAUGUCAAUUCAACAUCGACCAAGACGAGUCCAGAGCAGCGACUCUGAGCAUAACGGAGUACUACCCAUCGCGAAUCUGGGAUGCUGAAAAUCACAGACUGCGACUAAGCUCCAAUGACUCGACUUCUCUGGAAACAUGGGCUGCUGUUAGAUUACACAAUUCUUCCGGGAGAGCCAUUGGAGUUGUAUUCCACAUCUCACCACAUAGAAGGCCUGAAAGCACAUCGACCUUCAAUGUACAUGGUUGGAUCUGCAUGCAGACGAUGAAGCCUGAUAUGACUCUUUCGCAAAUAGUCGAUCAAGUCAUCCGCGGCUGCGCCUCAGCUUCAGCUUACGAAUACGGCAACCAUGGAUCUUGUACCCUUGCCUUAAGCCGAAGGCAUCACAUGGUUGCAACUAACACUUUUGUCAGUGGGAAUGGCUCAGAGACGCUUAUAAACGUCACUGUCGCUAAUCGGUAUGCGCCUUGUACGUUGCGCCGUGUCUUUGGCGCGACUCCGAAGCCCCCGAAAAAUGCAGAAACGCCGUCAAAGGAAAAGGAUUUGCGACCAAGUAUGUCUACAGAUUAG